UAAAGGAGAGAUUCAGGAAUGCAAAUCUAGUCAGUCAAGUCACAGAAAGUGAGGGCUGGAAACCAUCCAGUGGCUUAGCUCUCUCCACAAUCCUUAGUGACCUUUAUAGGUGUAGCUCCAGUGGAAUAUUAGCCUUGGAAGUUAGUAUGACGUGGGAGCAUGCUGGAUCAAGUAUGUGUUUUGAAUUCUCGGUUUCAAAACGUGUGAAUGCAUCUGUCUACCAGACUAAGGGCCAGGAGAUGCAGGAGUCUGAAGUCCAUGAGAGAGGAAAUGAUCCAUGCAAAUGCAGUCACUCCUCUGUUUGCAACUAGAUGGAAACUGUCUCCACUGCCAGUAAAGAUGAUUUCAGAAAAGAUGAUUGAAAAACUUGCUAGUUGCAAUUUUCAUUUUCUUUUUCCCAGAGAGCAGCAGGAGAGACAGUUGACAUUUGAGCUGUCUCUGAACUGCCCCUGUCCCUAAUUUGAGUUGAGAGCUCACAGGGAACCACAGACCUGCUCCUUAGCUGGUUUUCUUUUCACAAAAUCUUUCAUCCAUAGAAAAUGAACAAAAGCAGGGCUCCCCAGCCAGCCCAGCCAGACAUCCCAGCUGCCAGAAUAGGUGCUUGGGAGCGGCUCAGGGGCGCAAAGCACAGCCUUGCUCUGUUGAAGCCAGGUACUGUCCUGGGCAAUUGGCUCCAGGCUCAGCUCAGGAGGCAACCACCUGGAGCUACAGGCACCCGAGGCAAGGAAUGCCUGAAGGAAAGGGGCCAGGUCCUGCUCAACCCUCCUGAGCUACUUGCCCCUGACAUCCCCGAUGCUCCUGUUGAGCCUGGGUCCUUGGUGAAGCUUCCUCUUUUAGCUGCACCACCGCCAGGUGCCUGUGACCGCCUGGUGGCUGCUUUCCUUUCGGCGCCAUAUAUGGCCUGGCAGGGGGGGUCACAUGCAUCCCGGGCCGCCGGCCGGGAGGGGUCGCUGGGGAAGGGGCAGACGGCGGGAGAAAAGGGGAGGGGGUCGGAGGCAGAGACAGGAGAGGGGUGGGGUGGCAGAUUCUGGGGCCAUGGGAGGCAGCAAAGGCUUGAGGAGCCCAGUGCUCGCCACCGCGCCAUGGAGCUGCACUCAUGCGGCUGCGGAGGUGGUGGUGGAGGAAGGGACCGGCGCGGGGGGCGGGGGGGGGGGGUGGCGAAGGCGUCCGAAGCCAGAGAGCGCCGUGUCCCUGGGCUCCGUCGGUCAGCGGGCGCGGGCCCGCAGGAUGGAGCCGCAGCACGUGCGCCCCGUGCUUGGAUCCCAGAGCCCAGCCUGGGAGGAACCGGGGCUGCUGGUGUACCACCAUCAUCCCCAACACUCCUGUUCAGAAGAUGGGUGAGGAAAGUGGAAAGUCUAAUCAGUCAGCCGAUGACCAGUGGGAAAAAUGAGCUACAAGAUCACCUGAUCUUCAUCAGUGAGAAAGCUUUGCACAAGAGGCUAUUUCAGAAAGAGAAUGGCUAUGAAGGAGAGACCAGACCAACAGAGAAGGAAGAGGGAAUCCUUUCUCAUGAAAAAGGAAGAAGGAAAUGGUUAUGGAGAAGGCACAGGUCUGCUAGAAAUACUUCAACCCAAAAUUCCAAAAUGACUAAGAAGAGAUCAAAAAGAAAUGAACUAGAAGAACUGAAAUUGGAUAUGAGGAAGAUCAGCAAUGACAUGGAGGAAAUGUGUGGAAUCCUGAACCUUUACAUGUAUGAGGAUUUGAACUACAGGAUGAACACUGAAUUCAACAUCAUUAAAUCACAACAUGAGAAGACAAUGUUGGAUAUGAAUAAAAUGAUCCAGUCCAUAAUUGGUUCCAUGCAGUAUUCCAAGGAACUGAUAGAAGAUAACUAUUCCUACAGCAUUAAGGAGGACCACCUCCUCCGUGAGUGCACUCAACUCCACGAAAAUGUAAGGAUAUUACUGAAUGAGAACAGAAGGCUGCUGGUGGAGCAGGCUGGCCACAAGUGUCCUGUGGGGAAGAAAAGAGGUUCUCUGAGGAGGCCAGCAAGAACAUCUGUGUCCCAAGUCCCAAGGAACAGCAGUCCAGCAGAAAGCAGAACAUGGCACAGACCAGGACAUGAUCUCCCUCAAAGAGAAGUGCUGGAGGAAGAGCACUGAGUGUGCACAGGAAAUACACCACUGUUGCCUCUCAUCCCUAAUAACCAUGGCUGUAAUGGGCUGUAUGCUCCUCCUUUAUUUUGUUUCUUUGGUAUGAACAGGCCUUAAUUUCAUCUAGCCUCUGGCCCAGGAAGAGUGCACAUUUAAAGGGACUCAGAGAAAUGCUGAGACACAUCAAGAGCUGCUGGGCAUCCAGGAAGAAUCUGAGUGCAAAUUUCUCUUUUCCUGAUUGGUCAUCAUCAAUAAUUACAUGGAGAUCAGUCAACAAAAUUGUAAAUCCUUGGAUCCAAGUUUACAACAUGUGUUCUGCUUUGACUUGGGAGGCCAUAUCCUUCAGACCCACACUCCAAAAGGAGAGUGUUGCUUAAAUUUCUCCUGCAAAGUUUGUUACCUCCAGGAACUGCUUUUCUACUAAGUUGACAAGGACAGCCACAGGCUGUAAGGCUGUGCGACAAAAUGAGCAGACUAAGAAUUUUGCUUUGCACAAUUUUUGUGGUUUGAUUUUGGUUUGAGUUUUGAUUAGUUUAGGUAUUUGGUUUUUCUUGUUUUCAUUCAAAGUUUUGUUAUUUAUUGGUGAUUUAUUGUUCUUUUAAGUAAUUUGAUAUUUUGAUAAGGUUAUACACAGUACAUAUUUAAUGUCAGCUUUCAGUUACAAUUGAGUACAUUGCAUUUAUUCUUAUGACUAACACAGUGAUCUCCAACUCUUCACUCUAAGAGCCUUGUUAUUUCAGGUGUGAUCAUGAAAGCCCACAGAUAUCAGACCCAGAUGGAUCUCUGCACUCUUCAUGGGACUUGGGCUCCAUAGUUUCUUCUGAGCCAGACUGAACUACAAAGUCCUUCAUACAUUCAGUAUGGAGAGUAUGUCCAACUGUCUGGAUAGGAACUUAAUGAUGGAAAACUUACCCAUGCUGCAUCGUUGCUGUCAAAUAUUUAGCUACUGUGAAAAUACUGUGGAUGAUGGUGCUGAACGCAUUAAUGGCAAAUACAUCAGUAUUUCUGUAAUAGCUCUCAUUAAAUCAAAGCAUAGUCUAAGGGAAUAAAAA